UAGAGCCUCGGCUCCAUACAAACCGCGCGCCCAUUAAAAAACGAGAGCGCGUUUUUGUCUCUCUCCUGAGAGAAAACUCUUACUCCUUUCUUUCUAAUGAAAAAAAAAACAGCCUUUACUCUCUCACGAAGAAAACCAUUUCUCGUUUCCAUUCGCUCCCUUUCUCUCUCUAGAGUCAAAUCUUUGGGAAUCUGAGAAGUUUCCUCCUGUGAAUCCUUGUAUUCUCGUCCUCUUCUCCUUGUAAUUGCUUUCCUUCAAGUUUUUUCUGUUAUCAAAGCCUUAGAUCAGAAGAUUUGCUCCCAUGGCUCGUCGUUAUGAUAGCAACCCGUUCGAUGAAGAAGACGUGAAUCCUUUUGCUGAUCCAACACUUCGGAACAAGGCAUCAGGACAAUCAAAUUAUGGUGGAGGGCCAUUUUAUACAACUCAUCCUGGGAGUGUGCCUCCUGCUACAAAUUCACGACUUUCACCUCUACCCCCUGAACCAGCAGAUUUCAAUUAUGAUAGGGGUGCAACUGUUGAUAUUCCACUUGAUUCAGCAAAGGAUUUGAAGAAGAAAGAGAAGGAGUUGCAAGCCAAGGAGGCAGAGUUGAAGAGAAGGGAACAGGAACUCAAACGAAGGGAAGAUGCUGCUGCCAGGGCUGGAAUUGUCAUUGAGGAGAAAAAUUGGCCUCCCUUUUUUCCAAUCAUUCAUCACGAUAUUGCAAAUGAAAUUCCCAUCCAUCUACAGAGAAUGCAGUAUUUUGCAUUUGCCACCCUCUUAGGUUUGGUUAUAUGUCUUGGGUGGAAUUUUAUUGCAAUCACAAUAGGCUGGGUUAGAGGACUGGGGGUCAAGAUUUGGUUUCUGUCCAUUAUCUACUUCAUAGCGGGAGUUCCAGGAGCCUAUGUAUUGUGGUACCGACCACUAUAUCGUGCCAUGAGGACAGACAGUGCUCUGAAGUUUGGAUGGUUCUUCUUUUUUUACUUGCUACAUAUUGGUUUCUGUCUCUUUGCUUCUGUGGCACCUCCAGUUGUUUUUCAUGGGAAGUCCUUGACAGGUAUCUUGCCAGCGAUAGAUGUCUUCGGUGGCCAUGUCCUGGUUGGGAUAUUUUACCUCAUUGGAUUUGGAUUCUUCGUCCUUGAAUCACUGCUGAGCAUCUGGGUCAUUCAGCAAGUUUACAUGUACUUCCGAGGAAGUGGAAAGGCAGCGGAGAUGAAGAGAGAGGCAGCGAGAGGUGCGGUGAGAGCUGCAUUGUAAUAAUCGAAUGACGCCUCUGCUUAUGCGAAUGAUCAUUACAAAAUUGCUGAAACUACAGGCGUGGGAAGGGGUUUGAUAGUUUUAUUGCUCUGUGGUGAAACAUGGCCGUGUCAAUACCUGAUCCAUAUUUUAGCUGUGUUAUCUUUUUUCUCUCUUGAAUUUUCCUCUUUUUUUUUUUUGUGGUCUAUUGCUUUAACACACUUUGAACGGGAAUGACGGUAUUCAUUAUAGCUCUGUAUUUUAGUGAAGAGGGUACAGUUUGUGCCAAUUUGCAUCUCUCGUA